CAAUACCGCGGCUCUGAUGGAACUCAUCAAGUUCGUCCGAACUACCAGUGACGUCACCCUAAAGAGCCUGGAGCUCAGGCUGCUGGACGUGAUCGAGCACAUCGCGUUUCUGUCGAAUUACUGGCUGCUAACGGAGAGCGAGAUAAGUAACAACAGCGUGGCUUUCCAGUGGUAUCACAGAAUGCCCCAGAUCUUCGAGGACAAUCGCGUGAUCGUUGAGAACAAGACGCAGGAGUACCAAGACGCGCUGAAAGUCAGAUAUCACAAGUUCGAGGAGGAAUUGGAAUCGUAUGCGAAACAAGUGGAGGAGAUACAAUAUUGGGGCGACAUCGAGGAGGUGUAUCGGUAUCAGCGUAGGGCGCAAAAUUUGGAGAACCGGCUGGUCACGGCGAUGGACAAGAUCGACAAGUUUAACGAGGAGGAGGCCGCCUUCGGCUGGGAGAUCACGCAGUAUCCUCUGCGCAAACGGAUUGCCGAUCGUUUGCAGCCCCUCAAGAAGCUCUUCGACAGCGUCUGCGAGUAUUUGACUAAAUACGACAAGUGGAUAAACAGUACGAUCGGCACCUAUAAUCCCGAAGACAUCGACAACGACGUAGGAACGUAUUACAGGACGAUCUACAAGCUGGAGAAAGCGUUGCAGGAACCGGACGUGCGCGAGCUGGCGGCCGCGGUUCGCGAGAGAAUCGAGGAGUUCAAGGAUCGGAUGCCAGCGGUGAUGACCCUGGGCAAUCCCGGGAUGAAGACGCGGCAUUGGGAACAGGUCUCGACGAUCGCGGGCAUUCCCAUCAAGUUCGAUGCCGAUCUGACGCUGGGCAAGGUCCUGGCUAUGGGUCUGGACGCUUAUAUCGCGCAGUUCGAGGGUGUCUCCGAGGCCGCCACGAAGGAGGACACCCUGGAGAAGGGCAUGGACAGGAUGCAGCGGGAAUGGACCGAUCUGACCUUCACCGUGAACCUUUACAAGGACACCGGCACCUACGUCAUCGCCGGCGUCGACGAGAUACAGCUUUUGCUGGAUGAUCACAUAACGAAGGCGGUGACCAUCAAGAACUCGCCUCACAUUAAACCUUUUGAGGCCAGAAUAAUUAAAUGGGAGAAGACGUUGCACCUGCUGGAGGAUAUUUUGGAUCAGUGGCUGAAGGUGCAGGGCACGUGGAUGUACUUGGAACCAAUCUUCACCUCGCCGGAUAUCCAGCAGCAGAUGCCGGAAGAAGGAAGGAAGUUUGCACAGGUUGACAAGAUAUGGCGGGACAUCAUGAAGAACGUUUACGGCGAGCCGCAUGUUCUCGCUAUCGUCGAGAUCGAAAAGAUGCUGGAACGGCUGAAGAAGAGCUUCGGGCUGUUAGAACUAAUUCAAAAAGGUCUGAACGAAUACUUGGAGAAGAAGAGGCUCUUCUUCCCCAGAUUUUUCUUUCUUUCCAACGACGAGCUGCUGGAGAUCCUCUCCGAGACUAAGGAUCCUACGCGCGUGCAACCGCACUUGAAGAAAUGCUUCGAGGGCAUAGCUCGACUGAAGUUCAACGAGGACCUCGAGGUGUUGGCGAUGCGAUCGACGGAAGGCGAGGAGGUUGAUAUCCUAGAAAUCAUAUCCACUUCCAUCGCUAGAGGACAAGUCGAGAAAUGGCUGAUCGAGCUCGAGACAGAGAUGCGGAAGAGCGUGCGCCACAUGGUGCACCAAGCGAUCGUGGCGUAUCACACGAAGGCGAGGACGGUUUGGGUCCUCGAAUGGCCCGGCCAGACCGUUCUCUGCGUCGAUCAGACAUAUUGGACGCAACAAGUCGAGGAGGCCAUGCUGAAGGGAGUGGCCGGUUUGAAGAGAUACUUGGACCAGUGCCAAGAGGAGCUAAACGAUGUUAUUCUGCUUAUCAGGGGAACUCUCUCGAAGCAGAAUCGCAUUACCUUGGAGGCGCUAGUUACUUUGGACGUUCACAGCAAGGACGUCCUCGCGGAGCUGUACAAGGAGCAAGUUGUAAAAAAUACCGACUUCAGAUGGCUGUGCCAACUCAGAUACUAUUGGCUGGAAGACAACAUGUGGGCGUAUAUGAUCAACUCGUACAUACGUUACGGUUGCGAGUACCUCGGCAAUACAUCUCGCCUGGUGAUUACCCCUCUGACGGAUCGAUGCUACCGCACCCUCUUCGGCGCCCUGAGCCUUCAUCUGGGCGGCGCGCCCGAGGGACCGGCUGGCACCGGCAAAACGGAGACCACGAAGGACCUGGCGAAGGCGGUCGCCAAACAGUGCGUGGUCUUCAACUGCUCCGAGGGCCUCGACUACAUCGCGCUAGGCAAGUUCUUCAAGGGCCUCGCCUCGUGCGGCGCCUGGUCCUGCUUCGACGAAUUCAAUCGGAUCGACCUGGAGGUCCUGUCGGUCGUGGCGCAGCAGAUCCUCACGAUCCAGUGCGCGAUCAAUGCCGGCACCGAGAAGAUGAUCUUCGAGGGCACGGAGAUCUACCUCGACCCCACCUGCGCCAUAUUCAUCACCAUGAAUCCGGGCUACGCCGGCAGAACCGAGCUGCCGGACAAUCUCAAGGCUCUCUUCCGCCCGGUGGCGAUGAUGGUGCCUGAUUACGCUCUCAUCGCGGAGAAUACCCUGUAUUCUUACGGCUUCUACAACGGCAGACCGUUAGCCGUAAAGAUUGUCACCGCUUAUAAACUCUGCUCGGAGCAGCUCAGCAGUCAACAUCAUUAUGAUUACGGCAUGAGGGCGGUUAAAUCCGUGCUGAUCGCUGCCGGCAACCUGAAGCUUCGCUACCCCGACGAGUCCGAGGAUAUCCUGAUGCUGAGAAGCAUUCUGGACGUUAAUCUGCCGAAGUUCCUGGUCCACGAUCUGCCGCUCUUCGAGGGGAUAGCUUCGGAUUUGUUUCCCGGAGUCGUACUGCCGACGCCGGAUUACACGCACGUCAACGUGUGCACGCGGGAUGCGUGCGCGGCGGCGAAUCUGCAGUGCACGGACCACUUUUUAGAGAAGAUCCAUCAGAUCUACGAGAUGAUGAUCGUGCGCCACGGCUUCAUGAUUGUCGGACUGCCGUUCGGCGGCAAGACCUCGGCCUACAGGAUGCUGGCGGAGUGCCUCGGCCUUUUGGAGGAGAGGAGACUGAUGGAUGAGCAUCGCGUCGAGAUCACCGUCCUCAAUCCCAAAGCCAUCACGAUGGGCCAAUUGUAUGGUCAAUUCGAUCCUGCGUCGCACGAGUGGAGCGACGGUGUCCUGGCGGUGUCCUACCGCGCCUUCGCCACUUCCGUUAAUCUGAAUAGGAAGUGGCUGGUCUUCGACGGCCCGGUGGAUGCACUUUGGAUCGAGAACAUGAACACGGUAUUGGACGACAACAAGAAGCUCUGCCUCACGUCUGGAGAGAUCAUUCAGCUCGCGCCUACAACGAAUCUAAUUUUCGAGCCCAUGGAUUUGGAGGUUGCAUCACCUGCCACGGUGUCGCGGUGUGGUAUGAUCUACAUGGAGCCGGUGAGUCUGGGCUGGACGCCACUGUUGAUAUCGUGGCUGAAUACAUUACCGCCCAGUUUCACGGAGGAAAUUAAGAGCCAUUUGAAGGACAUGUAUUUGCGCUUCUGCCCGCCUCUGUUGCAUCUGAUUCGCCGUUGCGGCGCAAAGGUGAGCCGCCUCGUUAAAAGUGACUCUUUCCCGCAGAAUCCCCGGCGUUCAGAUUCCUCCCAAUCUUCCCGUCCACGAUCCGUCUUUCCGGAUUUAUUGCGUAACGAAAUGAUAACGAUGCCGGAUGCUAAUCUAACGCGCUCGGUUAUGUACCUGUACGACUGCUUCCUGGACGAUUUUCGCGACGAGAAGUACGUGAGCGCGCUCUCCGAUUUGGACAUGAGAGCGCAAGUGGAAGGUUGCUUCUUUUUCGCGUGCAUCUGGGCGAUGGGUGUCACGCUGCUGGCCAACUACCGCGAGUGGUUUAAUAUGCUCUUCAGGGCGCUGGCGGAACGCGAGUUUCCGCAGGAAGUGCGCCAACGCUUCGGCAUAUCGCCGGAAAUUGGCGAACUGAAGAAACCCUACUUGGUCCUUCUACCGAGCACCGGCUCGGUCUUCGACUAUAAGUUCGUCAAGGAGGGUAAAGGCAGAUGGAAACUCUGGCUGGAGGAUCUGAAGGACGUUCCGCCAAUCCCCAGGGACAUGCCGGUGAACCAGAUUAUUGUCUCCACGGUUGAGACCGUUCGAUACUUCCACCUCUUCUGGUACCUCGUACGCCAUCACAAACCGGUCCUCUUGGUCGGGCCGACGGGCACCGGGAAGUCUGUCUACAUCAUGGAGUUUCUGCUGAAGAAGAACAAUCCCGAGAUCUUCAAGCCGCUCUUCGUAAUAUUCUCGGCGCAGACCACUGCCAAUCAGACGCAGGAUAUCAUAAUGAGCAAGCUGGACAGAAGAAAGAAAGGUCUGUAUGGUGCGCCGCCCGGCCAACACUGGGUGAUUUUCGUGGACGACGUGUCGAUGCCGCAGAAGGAAGAGUACGGGGCGCAGCCCCCCAUCGAGCUCCUGCGCCAAUGGCUCGACCACUGGACCUGGUACGACCGGAAGGAGGUGGUGCCCAUCAAGCUCGUGGACGUCCAGCUGAUGUGCGCGAUGGGUCCGCCCGCGGGCGGACGUGACGUCACGCCGAGGUUCAAGCGGCACUUCGUCACCCUGGCAAUCUCCGAGUUCGACGACGACGUCCUGGUUACCAUAUUCGGCAGGAUCACCGCUUGGCACUUUGCCACCCGCGGCUUCCCGGAGUUCUUCGAGCCGUGUAUCGAUCACGUGGUCCACGCCACACUGGACGUGUACAAGGAGACCAGGAGGCACCUCCUGCCGACCCCGGCGAAAUCGCAUUAUCUGUUCAAUCUGCGAGACUUCUCGCGGGUCAUUCAGGGCGUACUACUCUCCACUCCCGAAGCCAUUACCGAUCUGAUAAGCAUGAGGCGUUUGUGGGUCCACGAGGUGCUUCGAGUUUACGGAGACCGGCUGGUCGACGAGGCCGACAGCAAGUGGCUGGUGGAACAGAUUCGGAAGACCGUAAAAGAGCGCAUGAAUGACGAUAUGGACCUUCUUUUCCAAGAUCUGCAGGAUAAGUCUGGCGCAGAAAUAACAGAUGUGAAUCUGCGAAACCUCAUCUACUGCGACUUCCACGAUCCGGUCGCCGAGCAGAAAUUGUACAUAGAGAUUCAAGAUUGGGAUGCGCUCGCCGAAGCGGUGGCAGAGUAUCUCGCGGAGUACAACGAUAUCUCGAAGACGCCCAUGGAUCUGGUGCUCUUCAGAUUCGCGAUAGAGCAUCUUUCGAAGAUCUGCCGGGUGAUGAUGCAGCCGCGCAGCCACGCUCUUCUGAUCGGCAUGGGCGGUUCAGGUCGACAAUCUCUGACGAAGCUGGCGGCCCAUAUAUCCGACUAUGAGCUCUUCCAGGUGCAGAUAUCUCAGCAGUACGGCAUGCACGAGUGGCACGAGGACCUGAAGAACAUCCUGCGGAAGAGCGCCGCGAGUGACCUGCACACGGUCUUCCUCUUCAUGGACACGCAGAUCAAGGAGGAGGCCUUCCUCGAGGACAUCAGCAACCUCCUCAACUCCGGCGAGGUGCCCAAUCUCUUCGCGGCGGACGAGAAAUCCGAGAUUUGCGAGAAAAUGCGGAUCAUCGAUCGGCAGAGGGACAGGUCCGUGCAGACGGACGGCAGCCCGGUGGCGCUCUUCAACUUCUUCGUGCAGACGGUGCGCGAGCACCUGCACGCGGUGGUGACGAUGUCGCCGAUCGGCGACGGCUUUCGCACCCGGAUCCGCAAGUUCCCCGCGCUGGUGAACUGCUGCACCAUCGACUGGCUUCAGCCCUGGCCCGAGGACGCCCUGCUCGCCGUCGCCACGCAGUUCCUGAGCGAGAUCGACAUGCCGAGCGACGAGCGGCGUGCCUGCAUCGGGAUGUGCCAGUACUUCCACACGUCCACGCAGGAGCUGACCAGGGACUUCCUGAGGCGGUUGAAUCGUCACAAUUACGUCACGCCGACGUCUUACUUGGAGCUCAUCAACACGUUCAAGGAUCUACUAGAUCGGAAACGAAAGGAGGUGCUGCAGGGCAAGAAGAGGUACGAGGCUGGCCUCGGCAGGCUGGACGGCACGCGCAAGGAGGUCAGCAGGAUGCAGCAAAUCUUGGUGGCUCUUCAGCCGAAGCUGCUCGUGGCUGCAAAGGACGUGGAGGGCAUGUUUCUGGACGUGCAGCGGCAGAGCGAGGAGGCCAGCGAGAUGGAGCAAGUCGUCAAGAAGGACGAGGAGGCCGCUAUGAUCGUCGCUGCGGAAGCCAAAGAGAUUCGCGUUGAAUGCGACGCGGAUCUUCAGGAAGUGAUGCCGAUACUUGACGUAGCGAAUGCUGCUCUGAACACUCUGACACCGCAGGACAUUCAGAUCGUCAAGUCCAUGAAACGUCCACCGGCUGGCGUGCGAUUGGUCAUGGAAGCUAUUUGCAUACUGAAGGACGUAAAGCCGGAGAAGGUGCAAGGCCCGGAAGGUCCGAUGGACGACUACUGGAAGCCGUCGCUUCGCAUUCUGGGCGACAUACGGUUUCUGGAAUCGCUACUGAACUACGACAAGGACAACAUCCCCGAGCGCAUCAUGACCAAGAUCCGCACGACGAUCCUGACGAAUCCGAACUUCGAUCCGGAACGAAUCAGGCAGGUGUCGACCGCCUGCGAGGGUCUCUGCCGCUGGGUGUUCGCACUGUCGGAGUACGACAAGGUCGCGAAGGUGGUGGCGCCGAAGAGGCAGGCCCUGGCGAAGGCCGAGGCCGACUACUCCGCGGCGAUGGAGCAGUUGACGCUGAAGAGGAACCAGCUGCAGGAAGUGCGGGAGAGACUGGCUCGGCUAGAAACCCUGUUGGCGCAACGAAGGGCCGAGUACCAAGCGAUGACCGACGAGGUGAAGGAAUGCGAGGAAAAGCUGAGAAGGGCCGAGGAACUGAUCGGCGGCCUCGGUGGCGAGUACACCAGAUGGUCCGAGACUGCCAAAUCGCUCGGGGAAGGCUACCACAAGUUAACGGGCGACAUCCUGAUCGGUUCCGGCGCGGUGGCCUACCUCGGCGUUUUCACGAUGCAGUAUCGGCAGCGGCAGGUGGAGGACUGGGUGGAGUACUGCACCAGUCUGAAGGUUGUCUGCAGCCAGGACCUCCAGCUCACGCAGGUGCUGGGCGACCCGGUGCUGAUCCGCGGCUGGAACAUAUUCGGCCUGCCGAGCGACCUGUUCUCUAUCGACAACGCCAUAAUCAUCACGAACUCGCGUCGCUGGCCGCUCAUGAUCGACCCGCAGGGCCAGGCGAACAAGUGGGUGAAGAAUAUGGAAAAGGCGUCGAAUUUGCACGUCGUCAGACUGACGCAGCCGGAUUACAUGAGAAUUUUGGAGAACGCCGUGCAGUUCGGGCAGCCGGUGCUGUUGGAGAACAUCGGCGAGGAGCUGGACGCGGCCCUGGAGCCGCUGCUGAUGAAGCAGACUUUCAGGUCCGGCGGCGCGUUGUGCAUCAAGAUCGGCGAUAGCAUCAUCGAGUAUUCCGACAAAUUUCGAUUUUACAUCACUACGAAAUUGCGAAAUCCACAUUAUUUGCCGGAAAUAGUGGUGAAAGUGACUCUGUUGAACUUCAUGAUCACUCCGGUUGGCCUGGACGAUCAGCUUCUGGGAAUAGUCGUUGCGAAGGAAAGACCCGAGCUCGAAUCCGAGAAAAAUCAGUUGAUAGUUCAAGGAGCGGCAAAUAAAAAGAUGUUAAAGGAGAUAGAGAAUAAGAUCUUGGAAGUGCUGUCUGCGUCCAAGGAGAAUAUCCUCGAGGAUGAAACUGCUAUCGGUGUGUUGAGCUCGUCGAAAAGUCUGGCCAAUGAGAUUCAAACUAAACAGACUGCUGCUGAAAUUACCGAGAAGUCGAUCGACGCGGCGAGAUUGCAGUACACGCCGAUUGCAGUGUAUAGCACCGUUCUCUUCUUCACAAUUGCCAUGCUGGCGAAUAUCGAUCCGAUGUAUCAGUACUCCCUCGCCUGGUUCGUCAAUCUCUUUAAGAAUACGAUCGACAACACGCCACCAGUGGAGGAUAUAAAGCAGCGCCUGAAGGACCUCACCAGGUGCUUCACCUAUUCCCUGUACGUCAACAUAUGCCGCUCGCUCUUCGAGAAGGACAAGCUGCUCUUCUCGCUCCUGCUCUCCGUGAACUUGCUGAACAAGCAGGGCCAGCUCUCGAUGGCCCACUGGAUGUUCCUGCUGACCGGCGGCGUCGGCCUCGAGAAUCCCUUCGCCAAUCCCACGGAAUGGCUGCCGACGAGGUCCUGGGACGAGCUUUGCCGAUUGGACAGCGUACCAGGGUUCACGGGAAUACGAGACUCGUGUACAAGAAAUAUCGACGAGUGGAAGAAGACAUUCGAUCACAAGGAGCCUCAAACCUCGAUUUUUCCCGCUCCUUGGAAUAAACUAAGCAGCUUCGAAAAGAUGCUGGUGCUUCGUUGCAUCCGUCCUGACAAGAUAGUGCCGGCGGCGCAAUUAUUCGUCGAAGAACAAUUGGGACAUCAGUAUAUUGUGCCACCGCCUUUCGAUCUGGCGGCCUCUUUCGCGGACUCACACUCCUGCAUCCCGCUGAUAUUCGUCCUGACACCCGGCGCGGAUCCCAUGGCAAUCUUAUUGAAGUUCGCCGACGAUCAGGGCUUCGGCGCCAGCAGGCUGUUCUCUUUGUCUCUGGGCCAAGGUCAAGGAAUCAUCGCCGAGGGUCUUAUCGACGAAGGCGUGAAGAACGGCACCUGGGUGGUGUUGCAAAAUUGCCACGUCGCCAAAACUUUUAUGGUGACUCUGGAAAAAAUAUGCGAGAGCUUCACAAAGGAAACGGUGCACCCCGACUUCCGGCUGUGGCUGACGAGUUAUCCGGUCGAGCACUUUCCGGUCAGCGUUCUGCAGAACGGCGUGAAGAUGACGAACGAGCCUCCCAAAGGACUGCGCGCGAAUAUCUUGCGGUCUUUCCACCAGGACCCGAUAUGCGAUCCCGACUUCUUCGACACCUCGAAGCAGCGGUCGACCUUCAAGCGGCUGCUCUUCUCGCUCUGCUUCUUUCACGGUAUCGUGCAGGAGCGACGGAAGUUCGGGCCGAUCGGCUGGAACAAUCAGUACGAGUUCAACGAGACGGAUUUACGUAUCAGCGUGCUGCAGCUCAAGAUCCUACUCGACCAGUACGACGACGUUCAGUUCACCGCAUUGAAAUACCUGACAGGCGAAUGCAAUUACGGUGGUCGCGUGACCGACGAGUGGGACCGACGGACCCUGAACACGAUCCUGACGCGAUUCUAUCACGAGGACGUGGUCGUGGCUGAUCGGAAAUAUCUGUUCGAUCCCAGCGGCCUUUAUUACGUACCGCUGGUCAGUGAGUACAGUCAAUUCUUGGAUUACGUGAGAGAAUUGCCGAUGACCACCGCGCCCAGCGUCUUCGGCAUGCACGACAACGCCGACAUCAUUAAGGAUCAGCAGGAGAGCUACUUGAUGCUGUCCUCCAUCCUGACCACUCAGGCGGAAGUGUACGCCGAGAGAUCGCCGGACGAGACCGUCUACGGCGUCGCGUCCGACAUCCUGUCGAGAUUGCCGCAGGACUACGAUCUGGUGGCCGCUCUGGACAGGUAUCCCACGCUGUACGAGCAAAGCAUGAACACCGUGCUGGUCCAGGAGAUGGGCAGAUUCAACAAACUCCUGCGGACCAUCCGGGGCAGCCUCGUGAACGUCCAGAAGGCGAUCAAGGGCCUGGUGAUAAUGAGUCUCGACCUCGAGGAGGUCUACUCGUCGAUCAUCAUCGGCAGGAUAUCCAAAAUGUGGAUGAGGGAUUCUUACCCUUCUCUGAAGCCGCUCGGCAGUUACAUACACGAUUUUCUGAAGAGGCUGAACUUCCUCCAGGCUUGGUACGCGAAAGGACCUCCCACGUCUUUCUGGAUUUCCGGUUUCUACUUCACGCAGGCGUUCCUCACCGGUGCCCGUCAGAAUUACGCAAGAAAGUAUUCCAUUCCCAUCGAUUUAUUGGUCUACGACUUCAUCCCGUUGAAGGACACCGUUUUCGAAAAGCCGCCGGUCGACGGAGUAUACAUUUACGGGUUAUUUCUUGACGGAGCGCGCUUCAAUAUGACCACAAUGCAGCUCGGCGAUUCUUUCCCGAAGAUCCUUUACGAUACCGUGCCUUACAUUUGGCUGAUGCCGGUGACGAAGGAGCAGGUGCAGGAUAAGGACACGUACACGUGUCCGGUGUACAAGACCAGCGAGCGGAAGGGCGUGCUGUCGACCACCGGCCAUUCAACCAAUUUCGUCAUCGCGAUUUGGCUACCGACGUCGCAUCCGCCGGAGCACUGGAUCCUGCGUGGCACCGCGAUGCUGUGCCAACUAUCAGAGUAGCAUGGGACGGUCUCUUGGUAGACGUAAUAGUCCUGGGACACUUUAAUGAACUCGCUUUAGAAAAUAUACGUCGCCGUAAUUUACUUUCUUCAGUGAUUUCUCGAACUUUUAACGGAGAAUAUUUAGUUGGCUCUCUUUAGAGACCAGAGUAAAUUUAUUUCAAAAGAUCUGAGCGAUGAGUAAUUUCUCUUCAAUGCAAAGUUCUUAGGAUUCGUGCGAUUGAAUAAAAAUACACAAGUAUAAACUUAUCCGCGGUUUUUUUUUAAACGUUUGGUGAUUCGAAAACGAUGCGAUUUCUGUCUCAUAAUACGCACAUGUCCUGCCUUUUACGUAACGUAGUAAACAAGCGAGCAAAGGUACAAAUAAUGAUCACGAGUAAAUGAA